AUGAGGUGGUGUCUUGCGUUGCUUAUUUGUUGCUUCUUGGCUGCGGUAAAUGCGCUGAGUAGCUCCGGCAGUCGCCUGUUGGCUAUUUUGGAAGAUACAGAACAGAAGGACCUGUACUCCACGUUGUGGGCAGACCUAGAAGCACGAGGAUACGAUGUCUCAAUCGAAUCUUCCAAGAGUGAACAGCUUGCCUUGUUCAAGCUUGGCGAAAGAGCUUACGACCACCUUCUAAUCUUCCCUCCCAAGUCAAAAGGCCUCGGCCCCUCCUUGACCCCCAAACACAUCGUCGACUUUAUGAACAAGGAUGGAAACAUCCUCCUCGCCCUUUCUGGCAAGUCUGCCACCUCUAGCGCCAUCAGCUCCCUUCUCCUUGAACUCGAUAUUCACCUAUCCAAUGAUCGCUCACAAGUUGUUGUCGACCACUUCAACUAUGACACCCUCUCGGCCGCUGAGAAACAUGACGUCCUUGUCCUCCAGCGCCCUGGACCCCUCCGUUCUGACGUCAAGGCCUUCUUUGAUGGUGAAGGUGUUCUUGCCCUCCCUCGAGUUGCUCCUCAGACUCUCGGUGACAGCGCCCUGCUCUCUCCGAUUCUCAAGGCCCCCGCCACUGCCUACAGCUACAACCCCAAGGAGGGCACGCCCGCGCCGGAGGACAUCCUGGCUACCGGGUCGCAGCUGAACAUCAUUUCCGCUAUGCAGGCACGCAACUCUGCCCGCUUCACUGUUCUUGGAUCAGUGGAGUCGCUGGAGGACAAGUGGUUCUCGGCCUCCGUCAAGACGCCCAGCGGCAAGAAGACACCCACUGUGAACCGCGAGUUCGCCAAGCAGUUGACUGCUUGGGCUUUCAAGGAGACUGGUGUCCUGAAGGUUGACAAGGUCGAGCAUCGCCUUGUCACUGAGGGCGCAGAGUUGAACCCCUCGAUCUACCGGAUCAAGAACGAGACUAUUUACAGCAUUGAGAUUUCCGAGUAUGUCUACGACAAGUGGGUUCCCUUCGAGCUACCUGGCGACGACGCGCUCCAGCUCGAGUUCACCAUGCUCUCGCCCUUCCACCGCCUGAACCUCGAACCGGUCGAGCGCACCGAUACCAGCACUGUGUUCAGCACUCAGUUCGUGACUCCCGAUCAACACGGAAUCUUCUCCUUCCGCGUCAACUACAAGCGUCCCUUCUUGACCGCCAUCGAGGAGAAGCUUGAGGUUACCAACCGCCACUUCGCACACGACGAGUACCCGCGCAGCUGGGCUAUUACCGGCGGCUGGGUAUGGAUUGCCGGUCUUUGGUCGGUGAUUGGAGGAUUCUUGGCUUUCGUGGUUGUCUGGCUCUACUCUGCCCCUGUGGCUGAUAAGCUCAAGAAGACUCAGUAG